UUUGUUUUGUUUUGUUCUUUCCUUUCUCGCGUUUCUUCUCUAGGGUUAGGGUUCGACGAACGCAGCUGUUCUACGCGUUUAGCUUCAAUUCGCCAUUGAAGAAGCCAUAAUCUGAUUCCUAAAGAGCUUACAUUUGAUAUUCAACUAUAAAGUUUUGACGCUAGAGAUUAAGAUCCUAUUGCCAGUAGGUAUCAUACUUCAGUUGCUGGAAACACAAUUUGACCAGACCGUGUGUGAAAGAUACCAAUGGCUGGAGUAUUAGCUGCUGGGGAUUGUUCAUUCGGUGAGAGUGGCAUUUCAUCUUACUCCAGGAAUUCCAAUGAAAAGCAGGACGAGGUUGCCCGCUGGUAUUUUGGAAGGAAAGAAAUAGAAGAAAAUUCACCAUCAAGGUUGGAUAGUAUUGACUUAAAGAAGGAAACAUACCUCCGCAAGUCAUACUGUACAUUUUUGCAGGACUUAGGCAUGAGAUUAAAAGUUCCUCAGGUUACAAUAGCUACAGCAAUAAUCUUCUGUCAUCGAUUCUUCAUUCGCCAGUCACAUGCUAGGAAUGACAGAAGGACGAUUGCUACAGUCUGCAUGUUCCUUGCUGGAAAAGUUGAAGAAACUCCAAGGCCGUUAAAAGAUGUUAUUGUUGUCUCCUAUGAGAUAAUACACAAGAAGGAUCCUACUACUGCACAGAAAAUCAAGCAAAAGGAAGUAUAUGAGCAACAAAAAGAGCUUAUACUAAGUGGAGAAAAGAUUGUACUUUCUACGCUGGGGUUUGACUUCAACGUUUAUCAUCCUUAUAAACCUCUUGUAGAAGCGAUAAAGAAAUUCAAGGUCGCACAGAAUGCUCUGGCCCAAGUUGCAUGGAAUUUUGUUAACGAUGGUCUGCGGACGUCACUCUGCCUGCAAUUUAAGCCUCACCACAUUGCAGCGGGAGCAAUUUUUCUUGCUGCGAAGUUCCUUAAAGUGAAAUUACCAUCAGAUGGAGAGAAGGUUUGGUGGCAAGAAUUUGAUGUCACACCUCGACAACUAGAGGAUGUUAGCAACCAAAUGCUUGAGCUCUAUGAGCAAAACCGAGUUCCUGCAUCUCAUGGAAGCGAAGUCGAAAGUAGUGUAGGUGGAGGAUCAGCUCAUCAUGUUGGGUCUAGGCCAAUAUCAGCACGUCCAACUCAUGAACAUUCAAACUCUGAUAAUCAUGGGGGCUCUUCAAAAGCUACACAAAACCGGAGCAAUGAUAAUGGGAGUGGUGAGGCAGGUAGUGUCAUUACCGAGCAGAAGGGGGAAAGAGAUAUAGAAACGAAAGAUAGCAUGCAUACUGAAAAUCAUCCAGCCCAUAAGUCUAGAUCAGGAGUUGAAGCAUCUGGGGAGGAAAAAACAGCGAAAGCAGGUGCACAUUUCCUAGAAGAUGAUAAAUCUAGAAUUGUUGGUACGGGUGAUACCCCAGUCAGCCAAUCCCCAAAAGACAUUAAAUUGCUUAGAGAUAAGGUGAAGGCCAAACUAGAGGCUAAGAAGGUCCAAGGUGAAAAGACGAGGAAAAAGGACUUGGUGGAUGAGGAUGAUUUAAUCGAAAGAGAACUGGAAGACGUGGAAUUAGCUGUUGAGGAUGAGAAAGAUAUACAAAACAAGAGCUCCAAAAUCAAUCAAAUGGGUACAGAACACGGCGAGAUUCUUGAUGGAAACAACUUGGUGGUCAAUACCGAGGAAGGUGAAAUGGUAGAUGAUGUUUCUUCAACAGUGCCAGUGCCUAGCCGGAAGAGAAAAAUGGGAAGCCCUUGUGAAAAACAGUUAGGAGAAGGAAAGAGGCGACACAACAACAGUGAGAAUGUAGAAGAAGGUCACAAGACAAACCGAGGAGGAAGUAGUCAUAGUCAUGGUGACCGAGAGCCAAGAAGACACUCCCAAGAGAGGUAGAUGAUAAAAACCUUCUCAUGGUCUAUUAGAGACAUUUGGCAACUUUAAUUCCCAACCAUGAUGCGAAAUGAUGAGCCCGUGUAGUUACAAUGUUCGUUAUCUUUUUUUUUUUUUUUUCUUGGCACUUGUAUUCAACAGUUGAGAAACUAAAUCAGGUUUCCAUCCAUCAGAGACCUCCCGUAGGCUUUAGGGUCUCUAUAAUUUUGAUCUUUGUUUGCAUUCCCUUUGUAUAUCGGGAAAAAAAGAAAAUUUUUUGACUAAUUUAUGCCAAGUCAAUAUUUUGUGGUU